AUGUUAGAAGGUGAAGUGGGAACUAAUUUGUUGUAUGAUAUAACUAAGAAUUCAUAAAGUUUCACAUUUAUUGGAAUUGUUGUUUUACACACAGCACUAUCUUUAACUUGUAUUUGAUAAUAACUAUAGCUUUGAUUUAGAUUCAAAAGUCAUAUAGAUCAGACUUUAUUUCUCUAAAUGUUAAUUGAUUGCUAUAAAACGAAGCAUACCUUUGAUGAUGCUUUCAUUGACAACUCUCUAGUCAAACAUACAUGGUCCACAAAUAAACUAACGUUUGAAGAAAACGAACCUGUAGAAGAGAAAUGGCUGACGUUGUACACUGAAUUAUGGCAUUUGCGAAGUUUAACUAUCAAAAUUUCAAAAAUCCUGUUUUGAACUAGAGGUAUCUUGGUGGGUUCGUAUGAAUCAGAUGUUUAUUACCCUCAUUUAAUCAUAUCACAGGGUGGGUCAUGUGGUGAAAUGGUCUUAUGGGUAUAUGGGUAGAAGAUCAACAAUAAAUAUAGACCUUCGACUUUUGCGUCAGGAGGACUUCGUUGUGAUGGAACGGACGAUAGUUUGAUCUCGAAAGCUCACACGCUGGUUAACAGGUGCUUGUCGUCCGAUUGCGACGAAGGGGCCGUCUACCUUGCCGCCUCUGCCUUUCGUCUGCCUCACCCUUUAUUAGCCCAACGCUCUUCCUCGUUCUGUGCCGCUCUCCAGGGUUUCGCCCAAGACGCUCGAGAUGGCCAGCGUCCAUGGUAGGCAACAUCAUCCCUUUUUUGACACAUCUUUCUUGUACCUCUCCCUCCUUGAUGGCAUCCUCAACCACUCUGCCGCUUCUCGUUUCCUCGGCUUAUCAACGAGGAUGUUGGCCCCGAAUUGUAACCCGUUCUUGGAAUGAAUGUAUGUCUGUGAUAAAUUUCCAUAAAAAUUUGUGGAUUCGUCUCAGGUGACAGGGGACGACCUUCCAAAAAGCAUAAGACCAUCGGCAAGGUGCAGUUUUUUAUCAAAUUGGGUGUCUCACUUUCCCUCUGCGGAGUAGCGAAUAUCUCAACAUGUCGAUUACUUUAUCAAUGCCCUGUACUCUUUAGAUUAUGGAAGAUGAAGAGGAGACGAUGGCACUAGUGGAGGACUUCGACGAGGACGGUCGCGAAGGUGAAUUCCGCUUCCGGAUUAUUCUCAUUUCUGCUCUGUAAACUUCCGUGGCUGAAGGCUUUGACUUAUUUUGGGAACGUGCGGGGAAGUAGUUGAUGGGAGGGAAGGGAAGAAGAGGGACUUCACUAAGCUGGAGUUGAAACCCGACCAUGCCAACCGCCCGUUGUGGGCUUGCGCUGACGGCCGCAUAUUUUUGGAGACCUUCUCUCCCCUCUACAAGCAGGCAUAUGAUUUCCUUAUCGCCAUUGCUGAGCCUGUUUGUAGGUAAGCGGUUGGCUUGCCAAACACUCGAUUGGAUUUCUUGCUUGUGCCGUGAUCACUUUGUUUUGGAGCAGGCCUGAGUCUAUGCACGAGUACAAUCUGACGCCCCACUCAUUAUAUGCGGCUGUAUCUGUUGGGCUCGAGACAGAGACGAUCAUAAAUGUUCUGAACAAACUCUCUAAAACAAAGCUUCCCCGGGAAAUGAUUGAUUUCAUCUACGCGUCGACUGCUAACUAUGGCAAAGUAAAACUCGUCUUGAAGAAGAACAGAUACUUCAUCGAGUCACCCUUCCCUGAGGCAAGAUACACGGAAUCACAUCCUGCUUUCCUCUCCUCUGUUUCACCAGCAGGCCAUUAUUUACGGAUUAAAGUCACUACCUUAUUGUUUUCGGUUUUGUACGAUUGCUGACAUGAUGAUGGUUCAGGUGUUGAAAACAUUACUCAGAGAUGAGGUUGUCUCUCGAGCAAGGAUCUCCUCAUCUGAGGUGUUCAUCUUCUCCAUGCUAUGUAUUUCAUAGCGUUGCAUCUUCCCUUUGUAAAUUACAGAAAAUUUGUUCCUUGCUGAUGUUUCCUAUCAGGGUUAUAUCCCUUUUUUCUUUUUUCUAUUAUGCUUCUCUUAUUACGAUUUAUCUGAUUUACCUUCAUGUAUAUUACCUUUGCCAGAGUGCCUUAUGUUUUCUUCUGGUACCCCAAGAGUGUCUCCUCUAAAGAAACAUAUUACCUAGCUUAAUUUUUGUUUCUGGCCUGCACCGUGAAGCAUUACUUGUGUCUUAACGAAUUGUACUGACGGUUCUGUGGAGCAUAUUUCUUUGAUGAUAUGGAGUUUAUUUUAAAGAUUAUGUUACAUAAUGUUCCGUUCGAUAACUUUGGUUUUUGCUAAAGCAAUUGUAACUGAGUAAUGCGAUGUGGUGUACCAUAGCGUAAAUGUCAAUCUUAUUGCCACUUAGUAAUACCAUAUCAUGUAGCAUAAUCUUUUAAACAGAUUCCAACUCUGCUGGUAACUCUUGAAGCUGCCUUUUUCAACGGGCAUGGUGGUUUAGAAAAACAAUGCCAUGUUAACCAGGACAGCCCCAGGAACAGUUCAUCCGGCAUGAUCUCACGUAAUUCAAAUGAGAACUGUGUUCCAGAAGUCAAAGUACCUCAAAUCACUGUUUAUGCCAUUGCCGUGUAUUGUCUGGAAAGCAGAUCACCAUCUCUUUGUGACCAAGAAAUCUUUUUGGCAUCUACAUGCCAUGUGCCUUGAUGUGGCUUCAUUAUCUGCACUCGCCGUUUAAUAUUCCUCUGUUAUUUGGUUCAAUUCUAUAUUUUGCCUCCUGUAUUUAAUAUGGUUGCAUGUUCUUUGUGCUUGCCCUGGCUGGUUAGACUUCCCAUGGAGGUGACACAUUCACAGUAAGCAAAACAUUGGGUGAAAUGUCACGUGGCCAUGAGGAUUUGUUGGGUGGAUCAGACCUGGCUGCUAUUGAGGAGAAGGAAAGUCAUUCAUUCGAAAUUGAUCCCGCCCAGGUGAGUGUUAUUUUUGUUACUCCAUAGUCUUCAGGAGUUAUCCCGUUCAUAACUAGAACAAAUGUGAUGCCGCAGGUUGAAAAUGUCAAGCAACGUUGCUUGCCUAAUGCCUUAAAUUAUCCCAUGCUGGAGGAAUAUGACUUCAGAAAUGAUACAGUACGUUAUAGUUCCUGUGCUCACAUGCAAUUUAUUCGUGGUGCUAUUCCUUCUAUACCUUGCCAGUAUAUGUGGUUUCGUGGGAAGUGUUGUUUUUCACCAAUCUAAUUAUUUUUUACCGUUGAGCUCUGUUACGACCCCAUUAAUAACAUAUAGAAGGUGGAAGAGGGAGACAAGUGCGCAGCAUGUGGGAGAAACUUCAGGAGACUUCCAUUGAUUGGAGGUUUCAGACGAGAUUGACCAAGUACUAUAAAUAGCGCUCAGAGAAACAGAAUAAGAGAAAACAGCCUGAUUAUUUUUUAAUGUAGCUGCGAAUAGCUCUGACCUAACGUCUUUUAGAGCCGAAUUAGCCAUCAUUUUUUGAAUAUUUUAAGUAUUCUCCAAUGGUAAGAGAAACACUGCUUUUUAUUCAAAAAGGAAUAAAUGUGCUAAUAUUUAAGGAAACGAUUAAUAGAUUUGUGUUGAGAUUCAAUCCAUAAAUGGCUCCACAACAAUUGCUUGUACUAGGGAGAAGUUUUAGGUAUAAAGUUGACUAUGGUGCUAUCUAAUAAUCUGUUCCCACUGAGGUUAGUUUCGUAGAAUAACAUUAUGACAUCCUUUUCGUUGCGCAGGUGAACCCUGAUCUAAACAUGGAACUGAAACCUCAGGCACAACCAAGACCAUACCAGGAAAAAAGUCUCAGUAAAAUGUUUGGAAAUGGCAAGUUUGUUUUUUUUUUUACGUCUCUAUAUUCCAUUUUAUAUGUUUAUUGCUGGAUUCAUUCAUCUGUGGUAGUCUGGAUUAUGAUCUGGUCGUUUGACAUGUUGCACAUCCCAUCCCACAUUUGAUCUAGGAUGUGCUUCACCAUCGCCGCCCUUCAGUCUAUAUAUUAAUGUGUAAUAUUUGAAACUUUCGUGGUAGUCAAUUUCAAACGUAUACUUUUUUAUUACCAAAUCAUUUCAGUAUAUUCCAUGUGAAAAGUUAUCACGUUUUUUAGUCUUUCCAAAGGGGAUGUUAUGUAUCCCAUGACGAAUCUUUGCACUGUAGCUUGCCAUCACAAAUCUAGACAAAUGCUUUAGCAAUGAUAAGAAAUUGAUGAAAGGGAGUUGAGAGAGGCGCAGAUGGACAAACGGGGGGAAUAGUCUGUGUGUUUGUGAGAGAACAAUGGCCACUGCAACAUCCUUGCGUACUGGCCAAAACCAAGAAAACAAAACGGAUGGCAUGGAGGACCGUGGGAGGGUUAUCUUGGGAGAAGAGAGGGUUUCACGGAGCUAUGAGGAUUUAGGAAUCUUGGGCGGGGGACCCAACUUGGUCAUGUGUAACUAUCAUAGAAUCUGAGGUGAUGGGUCAUAGAUGUCCCAAAACGGGUGUCAUCCUAUAAAUGUUCGAUGAAGAUAUGGAUACCUAAGCACAAUUGUGGUAUCUGCCUUUUUUAUGGAGACAAUCUGACUUAGCCUAUCAUGUGGAAGAAUGUGGCCUUCAAUAAGUGUGACUUCAAUUAUUAUUGGCGAUUUUUUUUUUUGGGGAAAUGUAUAGUUAGAGGAGUUUAUAUUAUAAUCUACUCAAAGUCAAGUAUCAUUUCGUAGAAUACAUAUCAAUAUAUUGAAUACCUAUCGCUAUAAGUUAAACCUGUCAUAAAACUGACAGAAUUACAUCACUGAUAAAAAUAAAUGAUAGCCACAUUAUCUUGGGUAAACGUUUUUCUGCAGGGAUAAGAUGUUGGAAUCAUUUUUCAUAUCAAAAUUGUCUCACGCAUCAUAAAUGAUUUAUUUCUUGAUACUCAUCUUGUUCAAAGCAGGAAAUGAGUUUUUCUAGACACUUGACAAGUUAGAACGGAGUGUUAUCGACUAUGCCCAGAAUAAUGGUUAUUGGAAACAGGUUAAAAGGCUCGUUAUCUAAUAUGUUGAUCCAAAAGCUAUGUAAGACAAUAGGAUUGUCCUGAAAUUCGAUUUUUUACCUUUAAAUUUUGUGGUGGCGAUUAUGGUAUUUGAACUGAAGUACCUCUUUGGACAAGUGAGAAAACUGCCUUUUUAUUUCUUGUAUUAGUUAAAUAAAUGAAUAAGAUGAACGUUCCUUUGAAACGAAGAGAGGGAAAUGGACGGUGUGGAGGAGGAACUUUCUUUUGUCUCAGAGGAUAGAGUGGAGGAUUGGCAGACCACCUCACUUUUCAUUGACAUUUAUCACCCCUUGAAUAAGGAGAGAACCCUACAUGAUCUUUCCCAAUAUACCCUCAGGCUACAAGUGCAGAGAUGACCAUCACCAUGGUGUGAGUGCCCAUACAUGAUGCAUCAUGACCUAGAAUUCCUAACAGCUAAAAAUUCCUGUGAUGACCAUCAUCAUGGUGUGAAUUCCCAAACACAGUGCAUCACGAUUUAGAAAUCCAACAGUUCUAAUUCCCAGUAAUAAUUUCACGUCUAUUUUGAUUCCUAUCUGUAAUUUUUAUUCUGUUUCUUGAGGUUCUUCGUGCUCUAUUUAACUCUUUACCGUAUAGUAUAUGAAAAUGAUAAAGAUUUGCUUCGAAUGAAGGACUCACCAAUUUUAUGUUGCAGGACGUGCCAGGUCUGGCAUUAUUGUACUCCCUUGUGGAGCAGGAAAAUCUUUAGUUGGUGUUUCUGCUGCCUGUCGAAUACGAAAAAGCUGUCUUUGUCUGGCUACAAAUGCAGUUUCUGUGGAUCAAUGGGCGUUCCAGUUCAAACUUUGGUCAACCAUAAGAGAUGAUCAGAUUUGUCGUUUUACCUCUGACAGCAAGGAGUCAUUUCGUGGUAAUGCUGGUGUUGUUGUGACGACAUACAACAUGGUUGCAUUUGGAGGCAAACGGUCUGAAGAAUCAGAGAAAAUUAUUGAAGAAAUAAGAAAUAGAGAAUGGGGUUUGCUUCUUAUGGAUGAGGUAUUUUUUUUUCCUAUGAUUUAACUUAAAAAUGAUGAAGGUGCGGAUCUCACUGCAAAAAAUAAUUUGUUGGAUAGAACGGGGACAUGAUGAUACCAUGGUGACUGUGAAGUAGAUCCCAACAGAGAACUAGCUUUUUCAGCAUUCUUGAUCCCUUCUUGUUGAAGAAAGCUACACUUUUGUUUUCCCUCGUUAUGAUGGCUUUGUUUUCUUGAAGUCCCUUUUUUGAGUGUUUGUUCAUGACGAGCUCAGAUCUCAUUUUUCUUGAAGCCAAUGUGAUAUUUUUUUUAUUUUCUUACCACACUUGAUUUUUUAGUUGUGUAAAGUGUUCCUUUGAUGCCUUCACUGUUUAUCUGACUAUUUUUCUCCUUGCAGGUUCAUGUGGUUCCAGCUCAUAUGUUUCGGAAGGUGAUUAGCAUUACCAAAUCCCAUUGCAAACUCGGCCUGACUGGUAUGAAUUUAAAAUGUCUACAUUUUUGAGAACUCUAUGUUAGUGGACAACAUCCAUGUCUAUGUUUCUGUUUAUGUCUAUUGUUUUGCAUUGUGAACCUCCUGCUCAAUGUCCUAUUACUUCUUAUUCCUCAUCAGGUUCAGAACCUUCAUGAAUAAGCUCAAUCUGCUUGCAUUCAAUUUUCAAUACAUACCGCUGUUGUAUCAUCAAUUGAUUACCCUCCUCACCCUGAUGUUGCUGUAAUUUCAAGGAGUUGUUUACUUGCCUUUCAACUUGCAGCUACCCUUGUCAGAGAGGAUGAACGUAUAACGGAUUUGAAUUUUCUCAUCGGUCCAAAACUAUAUGAAGCGAAUUGGUUGGAUUUGGUAAAAGGUGGAUUUAUUGCAAAUGUUCAAUGUGCGGAAGUAUGGUGUCCCAUGACAAAAGAAUUCUUUGCUGAAUAUUUGAAAAAGGAAAAUUCAAAAAAGAAACAGGUACAGUUUUACUUAAACCUGUUAGCUGGCAUAUCAUUCCGUUAUUAUGUGGUGGGCUAGCAUUCUUUAUUUACUCGAUGACCAUUUAUUUCCUCUUUUAGCUUCUCUCUGGUGAUUCUGGGUGGAAAUCUCUAGUUCUUUUGUAAUUCACAUGGUUCUAUGAAAAACUGUCUUGUGUUAUCCUGUAACUGACUUAUUAGAUUUAUAGUAGGGUGGACUGUAGGGGCCGAUGCGAGUUGGCAUAAGUUCUAGACACUAAUGUCAAUUAAUGUUGAAGUCAUUAAUUAUCUGCACUGUUUCUCCGGCAUGAGAAACAGUGUAGAUAAUAGAUUGAGAAGAUGUGAUUAAGAAGCAAUGGUUAGGGACCCUGAGAAUUGAUGAUCUUGUUUCUGAGCAACAGCAUUUUGGUUUCCUCAUUUGAGCCAAUCGAUGAAUGACUUGUGAUAAUUAAUGACUAGAGAAGUAACAGCUUUCUUAAAUGCCAGUUGCCUUUGCCAGGAAAAGCCUAUGACAUAGCUUCAUGAACUGUCUUUGGGAUUGUUGAUAGGACACAUAAUCCUGCAGAUAGCUAUUAGUGUCUAGAACCUUCUAGGGUCUGCGAUAAAUACCACACAUUGUGAAUAAUCUUUUGAAUAAAAAGGAACAUUUUCUCGAGGGAUGUGAGGGUGGUUUUUCCAGCACAGCAGACCUAGUUUCAAUCUUCAACAUGGUAUCAGAGUGAAUUGAUGUUUGAUCGCUCCCUUUUUUUACUCUUCCACAGUGUUCUAUUUUUCUAUAGUAAUGGUUCUUGAGCCGUUUGUCCUCCUUUGAGUCGAGUGAUUAUUAAUGGGAUACUAGAUCUAGCAAAUACGGCUGUUUUUCUUGUGAUUCUAUGUCACAUGUGAGAGAUCUUUCUUCUUUCUUGAUGGAUUCUAAUCUUGGCCCUGGUGCCCCAAGACCAUAGGUACAACUCCCUACAAUGCCUACAGAGUUCAAACUGACUCGAUACAAUUUAAUCCAGUGGUUAGAAUGUAUCAGAGAGGUUUUAACUAGGAGAGCAAUGCUAUGUCACCUGGUAGAUUUGAACCCAGAUCCCUCAUCAUGUGAAUUCCAUAGGUCGAGGGAGGAGGAUGCAUUGGUAAGGACUUGGAUCUAGGGAACUAUGAUUCCCCAAAUUAGUCAUAAUUUCUUUUUCUUAACUACGGUCAAAGAUCUAUGAAAAAUUGUCCAAUACGAAGUUCUCGCAAAAGAAUAAUGAGGCUUAUACAUAUGAAUUGGAGACAAAGUCCGUGUCUUAUAGUUCAAGGAAAUAUUUGGUGGUGGAAUAUGUUGGGGAAUUAAAGGAUUUGUGGCAAAAACUUGAUUAUUAUCUCAAUCUCAGCCCUGAAAACCCAGGGGAAAAACUUGUUCUAUAGAAUUUCAUAGAACAAAGAAGAGUAUUUAAAUUCCUUGUAGGACUUAGUUCUUCUUUGACCCUGUCAGACAACAGAUUUUGAGUCGUGAGAAAAGGUUUAAUCUGAAUGAGGCUAUUUCAAUCGUUCUAAAUGAGGAGAGCCAAUGAAAGUUGAUGCUAUUAGUGCCUGAUAUAGAUAAUACUAGAUUUAUGACUAAACAAAGGGUUACUAUGAAGAAAGCCGCAAUUCUAAGUUGACAGCCCCAAUCUGGUCAAGAAAGAAAUCAGAAGUCUGAUUAUAAGGAUAAUCUUUGGUGCACAUAUUGUAGACAAUCUCAUCACACUAGAGAUAGAUGUUGGAAGCUCCAUGGUAAGUCACAAACCCCACCUUUGAAAACCAUGGAAGCCAAACACAUUAGAUGGCUGACCUACCUGCUAAUCAAAUUUCUGGUUCAUCAUCCAAGUUUAUCAUCUCUCUAUAAUUCAACUAGAUGAGAUAGAACAACUUCGAGUUGUAUUGAAAAUAUUGAAGUCGACUAUGACAUAGUACUCAUUGGUUCACCCUGAUAAAUCUCACUCUCUCUUGGAAUUAGAGCUCUAUCUUGGGACAGUUUUAGUAAUUAGGUGGAUUCAUGAGUGGCAGACCAUAUGACAAAUUCUUCUCAUCUCUUUGUUAAAUACAACCCUUGUUCUAGUUACCAAAAGAUAUCCACUACUAACGGAUCUCUUCUAAUAGUUUCUACAAUAGGAGACCUCAAAGUUGAGCUCCUUGGAAUACUUAGCAAGGUACUUAGUGUCCCAAAAUUAUUAAGCCCCUUAGAAUACUUAGCAAUUUUCUUCAUUUCCCAAAAUUAUUAAGCCCCUUAAUAUACUUGGCAAUGUACUUCAUGUCCCAAAAUUAUUUACGAUUCUCAUCUUUAUAAAGAAACUUGUGAAUAAUUAACCUUACUAUGCCUAUUUUGAUGAGGAUAUUUGUGUGAUAUUUGAUAAGGUACAACAUCAAAGGAUUGAAGUUGCUAGAGAACAUGGCAGACUCUACCUCCCAGAGGCACUUAGCCAAAUAGAUCUGGUGGAACCAAAUCAACCUUAAGAUCCCUAAGAGACCUCCCCAAAAUAUGGCUAUCCACCAAAGAAUGGCCCAUCCUUGCCUCAGCACUAUGAAAAUCCUUUUCCCUUCCCUAUUUCAAAAGGUGUCUUUAAUCACCCUUAAGUGUGAUACAUGUGAAUUCUCUAAAAACACUCAUGCUUCUUUUCAAACACAAAGAUAAAAGAGAGAUUCAUUUCUUGUGCAUCCACAGUGACAUUUGGGGAUCGUGUCCCAAUAAUGAUCUUUUAAGAAAUAAGUGAUUUGUCACCUUUAUAGAUGAUUGUACUUGUUGGAUGUGCGUAUUUCUUCUAAAGUAGAUGAUGUUUAUUAGUCUUUAAAACUUUUUUUGUGCUAUGAUUAAAAAUCAGUUUAGCACAUGUAUAAAGAAAUUUACUUCCGAUAAUGUUAGAUAAUAUUUCAGUAAAAACUUGAAUUAUUAUUUUCAAUCAGAAGGUAUAGUACAUGAAUCCUCCUAUGUACAUACUCCUAACAAAGUAAUGUGCCAAAAAUAUUUUGGAGUGCAGCUGUCUUAAUAGCAAAAUAUCUUAUCAAACAAUUACCCACUCAGACAUUAGGAUUCCAAAGCCCUUUAGAUAUGUUGGUAGUAUGCUUUCCAAAUAAUAAAAUUAACACUAUAUUGGUAUCAAAGAUAUUUGGCUGUCUCUUUUGUUCAUCACCUCAAUUAGACUAAAGGAAACUAGACCAACAAUGGCUUAAAUGCAUAUUUCUUGAAUAUUCAAAUAAUCGAAAGGACUAUUGAUGUUUUUAUCUUCCCUCUCGGAAUUUUUUUGUAUCAAUGGAUGUUAUAUUUCGUGAAUUGGAAGCCUAAUUUAAAAAAUCUUUAUCAAACGAUCAAGCUUUCUCGCCUAUAUAUCAUAAUGAUCAUCAUUUAGACAAUUUAGGUGCUUCCUCCUCUUGUAAUUUAUUUGUUCUCAUUUUAGUCUCUUAGAAAACUCUUUAUAACCCAGAUCCACUUCCUAAACAUCUCAAGUUUAGCAAAGUCUGCUCUUAGAGACUUUGAUCCACAAAUCUGUAUCACAACUCUGUAUCAAUCCAAGACUUUGAUCCAACCUUAGAGAAUAUCCAGAAUACCUCACUUAUACAAUUUGUUGAUCUUGAAAUCCCAGACUACAACCCACUUCUCAUUGCCUAGAGGAUAGCAAAAUGAGAGUGUACAAAGAGACUUUUGUACCCAUCGGCCAACUUGUUAUCCUACCAAAAACUUUCCCCAUCCUAUCAGUCCUUCCUCACCUCCUUAGACAAUAGUACCAUUCUAGCAAAUGUCUCAAGAGCUCUAUUCAAGGAAUGGAAAGAAACCAUGGAUGAAGAAAUGAGAGCCCUAGAAAAAAUCAAACCUAAGAUCUAGUGGUGUUACUUUGGGUGUGUGGAAGUUACUUUGGGUGAAGAUCUUACUUGAUGAGCUAAAAAUCUCUUUGACAAGUCUUAUGAAGUUUUAUUGUGACAACAAGUUAGCAAUUAAUAGUGAGCAUAAUCCGGUGCAACAUGAUCAUCCUAAGCAUGUGGAGGUUGAUCAUCAUUUUAUCAAAGAAAAUUUUGAUUGUAUGUCAUAUUUCUCAAUGCACAAUCAAUUGCCAGGCAUACUAACCAAAGGUGUCUUUGGCAUGCAACUACAAAAACUUAUUUCCAAGCUAGGAAUGGAUGGCAUUCACUUGCCAACUUGAGGGGGAGUGCUGACAGGACACAUGAUCCUGAGGAUACCUAUAAGUGUCUAGAACCUUCUAAACUUGUAUAUAUAAUAUUUUGAAUAAAAAGGAACAUUUCCUCCACAGGCACAAGGGUGGUCUUUCUAAUGCAUUAGACAUAGUUUCAAUCUUAAAUAGGGAUAUGCGAGCCAAGUUGUUGCUUCUAUAUAUACUUAUAAAUACCUUAUUUUGAACUGAUUUGGUCUCUUCAUAUUGAAAAAAAAACUGGUAACAAGAUUUUUAAUGUCAGUUCUCCACAUUUCUUUAUCCUGGUCUCCAUAUAGCGCUCCAUAUAUUGCGCACUUUUUUCUUGUGGCAAUUUAAAAACAUUUUAGAAUUUUCUCGCAAUGUUGCUUAUUAUGAAAUAUAUCAUACAUUUUGAGCCAUUUAUUUUCCAUUAUUCAUUCCACUCUUAUCGGUCAUUCUUUACCUUUCAAGUGAUUCUUAUGCCUAUGCUACUUUUCUUUCCACCAGGCGCUUUAUGUUAUGAAUCCAAACAAAUUCAGAGCCUGUGAGUUUCUGAUAAGGUUUCACGAGCAGCAGCGUGGUGACAAAAUAAUUGUCUUUUCCGAUAACCUUUUUGCACUUACUGCAUAUGCAAUGAAGCUUCGCAAACCUAUGAUUUAUGGUGCAACGAGGUUGAUUUAUGUUUGCAGAAUUUCUGUUGUUUCUUUCAUGCAUGAUCCUGGUUCAUUCUGUAUUAACAAUGUCAUAUCUUUUAUGUAGCCACCAAGAACGGACAAGAAUUCUCUAUGCUUUCAAGCAUAGCCCAGAUGUGAAUACAAUAUUUUUAUCGAAGGUGUGACAAUUCACCUGUGUUCUACUUAUUUUCAUUCAUAUUUUCAUUCAGAUGUGAAUACAAUCAUAUUUGCAUUAUCAAUGGUGUGAAUGCAAUAUUUACCUGUGUUCUAUUUAUCACAGAUGUGAUAAAUAAGUCUGAGUCUGAUACCUGUACAUUUGUUUCAUUAGGUUCCUGCUGAAAAGUCGUAGGAUUCUUUUUUGAUUAGUCCAGUUAGACGUACUCAUUUGGUGGCACUGUGAUGAACUUUUUUAGUUUUAUAAUAUAUAGAUAUAUAUAUAUAUAUAUAUGUACAUAUAUAUCAGAAUACCAUCACUCUGCUGGAGCUAGGAGGGAAAAGAAAUUUUCAUUGCUGGAAGUCCUGUCAGAAGUGCCUGUAGCUGAAAACAUUAAUUUAUCCCGUUCUCUCACCUGAGACUCCGUUCUCUAAGCAUUUAUCUUGCGCCUAGAAUCCCCAACCUAUUCGUGUGCUUCUCAUCUUCUGCUUUAUGGUGUUGCUUCUCAUCAGGAUAAGAUAAUCAACCUGCGUAUGUAGACAACUUGUCUGAACAUAAGCAUGCAGUGGAUAUAUUUCAACAACCUACGUUUUAAGCCUAGACUAUAGCUUCAGUGCCAUUAAUAGAAUAAUUAUUAGGAGUUAUUGCACGUACUCUGAGGUCAUCCUGUUUGAUGUGUUUCCUCAAAUUUACUGGUUGAUGUGAGAUCCAUCACAUGUUUUACCUGUUGAUGUAGCCUACUCUUCUUACCCUUCGGAUCUCUCCUGCUUAGAAACUAUAGAUUCAUCGUCUUUCCAUGUCAACAAGCGAUGUUCUCAUGUCUGAGGGAUUCCUUGGCAACCAAAGAGUGAUCGGCAAAUUGUGGGUUCUCCUAUUUUUAUGAUUGUAACAUUUUUGAGAUAUGCUGAUACUAGUUAUUUUGUAGGUUAUUGUUGCGAUUUGAAUCCUGUUAAAUGUUUCAAAUUUUCAAUAAGAUUGCUAACGUUUUGCUUUCUCUACAGGUGGGUGACAACUCAAUUGACAUUCCUGAAGCUAAUGUAAUUAUCCAGAUAUCGUCUCAUGCUGGCUCGCGACGACAAGAAGCUCAACGUCUUGGCCGUAUUCUGAGGGCAAAGGUACGCUCGAGAGAUAAUUUUGUAUCUAAUGCACAUAUACACGCAUAUAUAUAUAUAUAUGCAUGCAUGCAUGUAUUCAUGGUUAAAGUGUAGGCAGCUUGUUUUGUAUUGAUGUGCAUAAUCAAAGCAUCAUCUGGAUCCUACCUUGGGCAGCUGGCUGAGAUAGUUAACGGAAACAUCAAAUAGAACAUAUAGAUGGGAUGGGAUGGGAAUGAACAACCAGGAUGAAGUAGAUGGUUAGCCUGGGAUAGUCUAGUGAGGCCGAACUCUGUUGUCACAUAGAGAGUACAGAAAAUAGCCAGAUUAAGUUCUGUCCAGCGGCUUUUGUGUAGGUCAGAUCUGAUCACGUGAGGCUGAAAUCAGUUCUUCGGGGCAUUGGUGGGUCCCAAGAUCAUCCAAUUUCAGGGUGGUUGUGAGGCUUUUUUCUUUUGAGGGGGAUUUCUACGUUCCCCCAUUGAAACUGGAUUGGUCGUGGUAUAUAAUAAUGACCCUUUGACUUUAUAUCAUGUAAUUCAAAAUACCCACAGAUACACCUGUUUCAUUCAUCGAAGUAAUUUUUUAUUUUACCUUCUUUCUGUUAUUCCUUCAUUUUUAAUUUUCAUGAGGCCUAUGUCAAUCUGGGAUCUGUUCUCAAUUAUUCCAUAAUUGGAGUAGAAACUCAUGCCCAGCAUAGUAUUCCGUAAUUGUUGUGGAAAGUAGCUCUAGUUAACGGUUACAUUCGCUCGCUUCAAUUGUUAUUUAGAAACAUUACUCAGUUAUUGUUUUUUGUCAUUGAAUGUGCUUUUACAGGGUAAACUUCAGGAUCGAAUGGCAGGUGGGAAAGAAGAAUACAAUGCUUUCUUUUAUUCUCUGGUUUCCACAGAUACGCAGGUUUGGAGUCCCCCUUUUAUUGGUUCGUCUCAUCCGGAGACAGCAGAAAAUAUAGCUUCGCUUAAAUUCUUGCUCCAUUCAACAAGUGAUGUUGGUUGUCUUUGCUGGAUUCAGGAGAUGUUUUAUUCCACAAAAAGGCAACAGUUCUUGAUUGACCAAGGUUAUAGCUUUAAGGUGAGUUGCUACACGCCAUUAUGCAUCGUUGUGGGCUUUAGCUAUAGAUUUCUGAUGUCUGAAAAAACAGGAAUUCAGAGGCAUUUUUUUGCCUUGCAUUCUCGUUCCUACUGUUUUGCGCCGCCUUUUCGAAGUGGUGGUGCCUGGCGAGAUCUUCAACUAAUGACUUUGGAGUCGACAAGGCUGUAGAUCCAUAUAAUUUAAGUCAUUUUUUCUCUCACAUCCUUGAUUGACUCGGGGACAGAUCAACCCCUUUCGAGUGGCCUUCUAUCCUAUGGAAAUGCAUUCCUAGAGUACUCGUUUUAUUCUUCUUAUUGUGAGCUGAAGAUCAGUAUCCUUCUCAGUGGGCCAAUUAAAGCCUGUUUUCGUAGUAUUCCGUAUGUUGUGGCCUCUUGGAUGGUGUUCUCUGAUCAGCCAUCACUGUUGGCCUAUUUGCUUUUGCAUCGGGAUAUUGUCAAGCAUGAGUGAGAAUUAGUUUUCUAAUUUGGAACUAAGUGACAUGCAUUUGGAUGGCUAAACAGAUCAUUACGAGCUUGCCGCCCCCUGAUUCUGGAGCUGAGCUGAGCUACCACCGUCUUGAGGAUCAGCUUGAUCUUUUGAACAAGGUAUGUACGAGCUUCAUAUGAAAUCAUCUAUGGACACGACGUUGGGGCGAACCUCGAAUGAUCCAAUCCUCCAUUUUGGCAGGUUCUAAAUGCUGGGGAUGAUGCUGUUGGUCUAGAGCAGUUGGAGGAAGAUACUGACGGCAUGGCUCUCCAGAAGGCACGGCGCACCGUGGGAUCAAUGAGUGCGAUGUCUGGGGCCAGAGGGAUGUUUUACAUGGAAUACAGGUAAUAUUGAUCUGAUAACGUGUUAUCUUUAGUCUUCCUAACAAUCGGGGCCCUUGUUCAUGUUUCUGAUAGCCAACUGGACGAUUCCUUUCAGCACGGGCAAGGGGAGGCAAGCAGGACAAGCUCAGCAGAAGAGGCCCAAGGACCCUUCCAAGAGGCAUGCCCUGUUCAAAAAGCGCUACACGUGA